UGUAACCGGCAGCUGGACUUACUGGCGUUCUAAACCUGUCGACAGAUGCGCCAAACAAACAAACAAGUGUCACCGCGUAGCUCGACACGCACCUGGUGGUCACAGCAGUUUCAAACAGCUAUUUUAUUUCAUUUUGAUGCCAGCCGCUGGGUUGCUGCCUUGAGUUCCGAUUAGCAGUUCUGCAUGAGGUUUUAUGCUGCGGUUGUUGCACUGGUUGCUACAGGAAGGGGUCAGGAAAUGGUAUGACUAACCCUAAUGCUAUCCACCCCAUCACCUGUUCACUCUCGGCAUGGAACAUGCUGCAACAGAUAGCGGCUUCCCGCGAUCACACAGGACCAGCGACACAUCUCUGUGCCUAAUCGCUCGCAGGAGGAAACUCCCUACCCAUAAAUAGCCAGCGACGCAUCGGUUCACAAUAGAGGCUAUGUGCUCAGUGCCGCAUUUCCUCCAGCGGCGCGGAUCUCUUUGCUUCGCUCCAACCCAAGGGACAGAAUGAGCGCGACAGUCGAGGACCUUCUCAUCAUCUACGAGGAGGAAGCCAAGCAGUGGGCCUCGUACCUUAAGAGCAUCUUCGCAGGCCUCCUUCCCACAGCAGGCAUUCUCUGCUACGACAUCUCUACGGUGACCAGCAACCUUGACGAAUCCCUGAAUCUGGGCCACUACCGUUGCAAGCUGCUUGUCCUGUCACAAGGCAUGCUGGAAGGCCUGUGUCAGAUCCAGCGCUUCUUCCUCGCGCGUGUCCUGCAACCGUCGGCCCAAGUGGUUGUGCUGCUGUGUGGCGUUGAGACCAUUGACCCGCUCCUGCAGACUGUCCCGGCAAUCGAGGGCUGCUUGCAACUCUCGUCUGAGCAGGAUGCCCAGGUGUACCUGUCCACUGUCACUGAGAUCAUGCAAAAAGGCUCACAGGCGGUGAUCCCGGCAGAGAGGAAACAGCCAGCCAGAGCCCCCGUGACCAAGCUUCCCAUGCAGGUGGUUCCCUUUAGGGUGCCAUGUGAGAGCCCAGGGAACGUCUACGUUCUGCUGCGAGAUGUGCUGCCUGUCCAAGACACCACCGUGGAGUUCCACUGCGACCAAAAGAGGGUGGAAGUCACACCUGUGGUGUGGAACAAGCAUGUUCUGGAGGUGAAAGCUCCAGACCUCCCGGCAGGGACAGUGGACGUGACCCUACGCUUUGGGGACGUGGCCAUGGGGCCAAAGGGCAAGCUCCAGUAUUACUCCACCAUGAACGAGGUGGCACUGCUGCUGAGGAAGGCCGCCGACCCCAUUGAGUUCAUGCAUCAGGCCUUCCAGACCUCCUCCGCCGAGAGGCUCGACCAGAUCCUGGCGUCCGCGCUGAUCGAGCGCAUGCCGGCUGGGGGUUUUCAGGCCCUGCAAGGCGAGGGGGGCCACGGAGCAGAGAAGCACCCCAAGGACAUUCCCACACUCCUCCACUUUGCUGCCGAAAACGGCCUGCGAGAUCUGACCGGCGCGCUGCUGCAGUGCCCGGGCGCCCAGCGGGCUCUCCACGUCGCCAACCGGCACGGGGCCACGCCCCUCAAGCUCGCCAAGAGCCACGGCCACGCCCAUGUCUACAGCCUCCUGCAGGAGGCACUGGUCGGAUCCAGCAUGGGAGAAGACAACACCAUUUACGAGAUGAUGGGAUCCCCUGGCCAAGGCAAUACUAAUAACAGCCCAGGAGAAGAGGAGAAUAACGAUGUGAAGGAUGAAGAUGACGAAGACCCCUAUACGGCUGUAGGGGGGGACGAUGAAGAGUACGAUACGAUACUUGCCUCCAACAAGGCUGCAACCAUCACCAACCGUCCCCCUGCCCCAACUCCAAGACCAGAAGCCACCCCCACAAAAAAGGACGACAUACCAUUCAUUGCCCAAGUGUUCCAGAAGAAGAUGUCCCAGGGUGCUGCAGACAAUCUGUACUCUCAGUCCUCCAGACAAGGCAGGGGCCAAAAAAGCAUCGGGUCAGCCUACGACACCUUCGUCCCCUACCAGCCACCUGGCCUGGAGGAGCUAAUUGAGCUGCAAGAGAAGGUCAAGAAGGGUACCCUGACCAUGGAUGAAGCCCUCGAAAGGUUCAGCGACUGGCAGCAGGUCCAGAAGGGCUUGGAUGACAUACAGCAGGAGAAGCUGCGGCAGCUGAGGGCAAGCAUCAUCAACAACAGGGAGGACGAUGAGAAUGUCUAUGAUAAAAUUAACAUCGUACAUCACACUCCAGAUGUGGAUGUUGCAAAAUGUCGAAGAGGAACCCAUCCUACAGAGAGCGGAUUCUACAGCAAACCACUUAAAGGGCAGCAAUCUAAUUUCCUAUGGAAGGCUGACAAGCAGUGAAUGUUAUGUAUCCUUACAGAUAUUUCCAUGGCUUAACUCCAAUACAUCUGUGCUGCUUUGAGAA